AAUUUCGCAUCAUCACGGUCGAAGGUCGUUGAAUGUUGGUCUCAUCGAAUUCAGCUACUUAGACAGACGACGGUUGAAUCCGCGUGAAUUUCCAUUGUGUUCGAGAAGUGGAGGUGGCGAUGGAAAUCGUAGCAGCGUUAGCUCCGAAGGUUUCUGUGAGAAUGACACCGACAUUCCCGAUAUAUCUGAGUCUCAGGUUGUUCUCAGACAAGGUUGUGCUCAAUUAAAUAAUUGCGGCGAUACCGAUUCGCAGGAAGGGGCUGGUAGCGAGUCAUCUUCCAACAGUAACGUUAGUAUGAAGAACGCUCAAGGCUCGGACAAGCAUCGCUCAAACGCCUCGUCCGAGACACAUAGUGAUAGUAGUGAUAGUAGUAAUAACAAACCUGCCUGCGAGAACGCGAAAUGCAGUAGGACGAAUAUUGCGGAGUGCCGUGAUAAAUUGCGUGUUGUGCCUAAAGGGGUCAGUGGUAAGAACGAACAAGAAUCCGAUCAAGAAAAGGAAGCUGGGAGACCAUUCAAGGAUGAAAGCUCCUCAUCUAGUAGUGACAGUCCUUCUGGUGACGAGUAUAAUGUUUACUACUACGAUCCAAAAGCUGUGACCAAUAAUAGUAGUCUGCCGAAUAAAUAUGCUAAAAGCAAUAUGCAUACCGCUACUACUCAAGAUGCCAGUGUAGUUCUAAAUAAUUUAAAGAAAACGGAAGACCCAUGGGACAUUUUAUUUGCGCGGGCAGAGGGACUUUAUGCUCAUGGUCAUACAAGAGAAGCAUGUAUUAUUGGAGUACAGCUAGCUGAGGAACUUUUGGCCCAUCCUCCCGAUCUUAUAAUCGAGGGACCGCCAGUGCCAGUCAAGAACAAACGAAAGAGGCAACAUGUGAAUCCAGCAUCUCAUCAGGUAACGUGUCUUGCAUCGGCGACUUUAGCAAAAUGUGGAUUUCUAUGCACAGUACUUGCUGAGAAUCCAGAAUAUCAUAAUUUGGCGUUUCGCGUGGGUCUUUUUGGUUUAGAAAUGGCUAGACCACCGGCUAACACAAAGCCUUUGGAAGUUAAAUUGGCUCAUCAAGAAAGCGAAUUGGUAGUUUUGCUAAAAAGAAUUCCCUUGGGACCCACUGAAUUAGCUAUGAUAAAACAAAGAGCCGAACAAUUGAGAGAUGGAGUUAUGAGAUCAAGAGGACAUGCGCUCUUACCCAUCAUGUUGGCUAGUUUUAUUUAUGAUGCGCUCGAUGUACCAAAGAAUAGAAAUAUGAAAUAUUUCACAGGAGUGAAACUACCUGCAGAAAUUGAUCCAAAUCUGGGAUUUGAUGCCGCCGUGGCUGUCUUAGGAUUGAAGGCGAACGUAAGUGAAGCAGAUCAUCCACUUCUUUGUGAAGGAACUCGCAGGCAGAGAGGAGAUUUAGCUAUUACUUUGCUUGUACAUUAUAAAGAUGAUCCGGUAAAAUUGGCUAGAAUAAUGGACAAGUUGCUGGAUCGAGAUGUUCAUCAACUAAUCAAAUCACCUAUUCUUAGUAGUUAUUAUACUGCUAAUCCUCCCACAAAGAGUGAAAUGGCACGAUUUGUUCACGAUGAAGAACGUUCAUCUCCUUUAGCUGGGACUGAUAAUGGUGGUGAAAAUGUUAUUGGCGCUAACAGUAGACCUCAUAGUAGUACGAGCGCAGAAUUAGACGGUGGUAUAAGUGCAUUACCCAUACAACCGCAAAUUGUGCAGCUACCGGUGCCUAUUAGAACUAAAGAAACCCGGUAUAAGAGCAAAAGGCUAUAUCCAUCUAUUCCCAAUCAACCGUCAGAAGCAAGCGCGCACUUCAUGUGCGAAUUGGCAAAGACGGUCUUAUCGAAGGCUGGUGGUACCAGUUCUACUUCGUUAUUCACUCAACCAUCCACUAGUCAAAAUCAUCAUGGUCCCCAUAGAGCACUUCAUAUGUGUGCUUUUCAACUCGGAUUAUACGCCCUCGGUCUCCAUAAUUGCGUUAGUCCGAAUUGGCUCAGUCGUACAUACUCAAGCCACGUGUCCUGGAUAACCGGCCAAGCAAUGGAAAUCGGAGCUCCAGCGAUUUGGUUCCUUAUUGACAGCUGGGAAGGACAUCUGACUCCGCCUGAAGCUGUCAGCAUAGCUGAUAAGUCUUCGAGAGGUAGCGAUCCGAAUAUGGUUAGGGCAGCAGCGGAACUUGCUUUAUCUUGCCUACCGCACGCGCAUGCUCUUAACCCUAAUGAAAUUCAGAGAGCUAUAUCUCAGUGCAAGGAACAGAGCGAAGCUAUGUUGGAAAAAGCUUGUAUCACGGUAGAGAAUACCGCAAAAGGAGGCGGUGUUUAUCCAGAGGUGCUAUUCCAAGUGGCAAAAUAUUGGUACGAGUUAUAUCUUCGGCAAACUCCCGGUGGAGAUCAGCAGGACGAGAUUUCUCACGAUCCUUUACAAUUAGAUCUCAAUGGAGUAUUGCUAGUUGAUCCAGGACCUUCUGUAGACCUGUCGAAUACUCAAAUGAUGCCUGGUCCGGCGCAGACAGUUGUCGUUACCAGCACGCAACCACCUCCUCAACAUUAUACUCAUCCAACGAUUACGACUUUGGCGCCUUUAGGCGUUGGCAUGCCGUACGCUGUGGGCCCAUAUAGCUUUGUACAUCCUCAUCAUUCUAUUGCGACAUUCAGCGGUCCGAUGCCUUCGCACAGAGUCACUUUACCACCCGCACCACACAUGCAAAUGUAUCAUCCAUUUCCACAUCAUCCUGGACAUCCUCAACAUCCACCACAUCCACAUCAUCCAUCUCCGGCCGCUCCACCUCCACCUGGACCGUAUUACACACCGCAACCUCCACCCACACCAGGAACGCGUCAUUUAUACACGAUGCAACAACCUAUACCAGUUCAGGCAGGAGUAGCGGGCCCUCUUCCUGGACAAAACAACUUACCUGGACCUGCGUUAGUUCAGACGCAAUCUAUGAUAUCGACUGUGAGAGCUCAACCUCCGGUUCAUAGGCAAAGUCAGACAUUUAAUCAACAACGGACUCUCGUUUCUGCAUACCGUGUAGGUAUGCUUGCGUUAGAAACUUUGGCUCGUAGAGUGCAUGAUGAUCGGCCUCAAGCCAAAUACGCACGAAAUCCACCCUAUGGAGAGGAUGUUAAGUUCUUGCUGAGAGUUGCGAAACGACUUGGUUCACAUUAUAUGCAUCAGUUGUGCAUCUGUGCUGUAAAUAGCAUUGUGAGUCCUUUUGUCCUUCACCAUGUUGCUCUGGAAGCAGCUCAAUAUCUUGCUAGAAACAAUCCGGCGCUCAUCAUACAGCACUUGAGAUCUGCCUUAUUGGCUCCGCUAGUACACAAAUGCCAACAGAUGUACAUUCAGUGUAUGCAUCAAAAAUUAUAUCAUUUAACAGCUACUGAUUAUGAAGAAUUUGCCAAUAUUGUUUGUGCAGCAAGGGCUGCUUUUCAAAUCAAUCCUGAAGGAAAUACUCAAUUCAAGGAAUGGUUACAAUCCAUCAAAAGAUCUCAGUCUUGUAAUAAGGAUCUGUGGGCGCAGAUCAACGCGGCGUUACAACAGACCGGCAAAUGACACAGGACGGAGCCAGGCGUGACGUGGCUCACUUCCCUUCCUCCUCACCCUCAACCAUCCCUGCCGCCUCCACCACCGACAACAACUCUUGUAUUACAGCAUCAACAUCCCUGUCACCCCCAUCCA